AUGAAGGAAGCAGUUAAAUGUAAAGUCGAACCUGUAAAUGAACUGAUAAGAGUUGGAAGGCUACCCGGAGAAUUUACCCAAGAGGAAGCAGAUCGGAUGAUACUAGAAAGGGUAAGAUAUAAGUGCAGAAAAUUAUGCCCCCUUAGAAGAACCCUGGCGGAUCUUACACUAACUAGAAACAAUAGGGACAUAUUACCACGUGAAGCUGAAGAUUACAUAAAAACUCUAGUAAACGCUGCUAUGGCGUAUAGAAGGUAGUUGUUCAAGCGUUGAUUGAAAGGUUUUUAUAGAAGGGUGUAAGUACCCUCAAGGAUGAAAUAAAAGAUGUUGAAUAGGCUUUGGAAUAGAGGAAUUGAAUGAAAUUGGUGGAGUUGAAAUUUGAAGAUUUGAGAGAAGUGAAUCGUUUUAAUCUUGUUAGAAAAUCUAGCGCUUAAAAAACCAAUAUGGUCUAGAAAAUAAAAUCAUGAUUAAAAAAUUCAGAUUGAGCCAGACGGAUUCCGGUUCACGGAAAAACCGUCGAAAGUCUGGUGGUCCAGACACGCUAGUUCCUAUACUACUGUUUUAUCCUCGUCGCCAUUGUUGAAUUUAAACGUAUAUUCUAUUUCUUGCUUUCCUACACUCUCACAUUGCAUGCAAUAACAAUCCCAUUGUCUCCUACUGACACUGUUUCAUAAUAUGUCAUUUAUGCGAGGGGUGUGUCUACAACACUACACCAAACUACACCAAAUUGCAAAUAUUCUUCUCUACUGAUGGCAGGCUCUUGCAUGUGGAAACAUGUUUCAAAUUUUUUAACGGAAAGCUUUGCUCGCCUCAAGUACAAUGCUCUUCGAUUUUAAAUGAAAAUUCAUUUUAAGCCAUACUUUGAAGUAGCGAAAACGUCCCGAAAAAUUUAAAUUUAGGUUUGCAACAGGCACAUUCUCUCUUUUUUAUUGCAGCUGGAAAUUUCAGUCCCCAUGACCCGUUGGUUCAAAUUUACUAAGUUACGACUUAAUACAGAAUGAAUAGAGAGCUUCUUUGGCUGACGCAUAAUGGGAGAUGGAGGGCGGGUGCUUUCCUCUAACAUUUUCGUAGUCUCUGAAAGAUAGCUGAUUAACUAUGUAACUAAUGUAAUUAAUUCUUUACGUACCUGUUCACACUAUCAGCAGUUAGUGUCAAGAUCAAAUGUUCCAGACGUGAAGAAAUGUAUUCAGUCUCACUUCAAAAAAUCUGGUUGGAACACAGAAGUGCAAAAUGCUGUUUAUCAACAAUUGAAGAGGUAAACUGGCUCGUACCAGGGCGGUUAUAAGAUAGGGCGGUGAAACGAUUGAUAGUCGCGUGAAAUGGGCUAGCGAGGGAAGCUUCGAAUUCUUAUCAAAACAAAAAAUUGAUGCGAAAUUCAAAGGGCCUGAUUAAAUCUCUUAUUAUUUCAAAAAUAUUAAGUCUACCGUUGGCAUUUUUGGGAACUUGUUACUUAUGCUUUUUCCUAUUUAUAUGACAUGGUUUAAGGCAUUCGUAAAGCAAAAUAGGAAAGUUUUCCACGCUGAAGGUGAACAAUAAUAUGGCUCCCUUCACUCAUUUUGUUGCAUACAUAAAACAAUGGCGUGUUUUGGUAACUCAAAAAUAAGCCAAAAGUUCGCGUUUAAUAAAUUUACUGUAAAUUUCAUGGCGUAAUUUUUUGAGCUUUUUUUACAAUAGCUUGCGGCAUAAAAAUUUAUUACGGACGAGCAAUCUCGCAUCAUCAAAGCCAAAGGAUUUUCAAAUUUACAAAUUUAAAACAUACCUGAAACGUUUCAUGGGCACUUUUAUUCUUCAUUUUACAAAGGAAUACUUGUUUUUCUUACUGGUAUGAUGAUACCCGACCAGAAGCCAAAAUACUCUGAGAAAAUGUGAAUUGUUUUCAAACUAGCUUCCGUGUUCAUCUUCCCUGCGGUUUUUCCAAUCCCAACCAUUCAAUUUAUAAAAUAUGAAUAACUUGCACUGCCACUGGAAGUUCGCAAACUCCAAGGACGAUAGUUACUCCAUUUAUAGAUCUUUCAUCGGUAGAAAUAUGGCCGCUAAACUUUUUGAGCUUUUUUGCUAUAUGCGAAUGAAACACGAACGGCUUGAAAAAUAUUCGGCUGACAUUUUGAAGUCCAGAAGCAAACCGAGCAAUAACAUUGCAAAAAAGCGAGAAAAUUACGAAUUGGCGGCGAAUAUUAUUGAGGAAUAUUACAAACGAAUUAACUAAAAAGGUAAACAAACACUUGUGUUUCUUAUACACUGCACCACAUGGGUAGUACAUGGUCAUGGGCAAAAAGUACUGUGUCUGUAGGAGUUUUAAAAAUAAUUGCAAAUACCAAACCUUGGUUCAACAUCUGGACAUUAAACGACUCUGAUGUUUUAUCAGUGUUUUCGAAUAACAUGUGAAAUUUUAUCAGCUUUUUCGACAUCGACAUUGAUUGAACUAAGAAUUAACUCAAAGUUUUCUUCCUCAAUUUUUAAUAGCCGUUCUACCAUUUUUACUAGAAUGUUUUUAAAAAUCUGUGGGGGGUCCGUGCAUCACACAUAUUUCAGGGCGCCAAUGCUCGUUUCACCGCCCUAUCUUAUAACCGCCUUGCUGGUACCCUGCGAUUUCCUUUUGGAACGCCGAUAGUUUAUCUCUUGUAAUUUGCAGAAAUAGUUUUAUUGGGGUUUGCAAAUGAUAAUAAAGAGUCCUUAAAAUUGUGUAAUAUUUACACCAUGAAAAGUCUUUAAUGGCACCUUAUUGGGUACAGUUCAAUUUGAAGUUAGGGAGAAAACCCUGUCUUUAAAUAACCUGAAAUGAAUUCUCCAUGCUAUCACUAUGAGUUACUAGUCUGUGGAAACCACCAACAGGUGACCGAUUACUGCAAACCCCACCCAAGUGUUUUUUACAAUUUUCCCAAGUAGUAAGCCAAUUAUAAGUUGAAAGAUUUAUUCAUUUUGUACGUAGCUAUAUAUGUAUUUUAUAGGCAGAAAGAUGAUGCAACUGCAUGUCCCAAUAAUUGCAAAGAACCACUUGCAUUUUUACAGAAAGCUCAGGUAAAUCCUCUACUGAAUCCCCUCCUCUCGAUCAUUCUCUCAAAUAAGCCCCCUUUCUAAGAUGCGCUCCUUUUUAGAAGAAAAGUAAUCUUAACCCCUUUUAAAAGAAAAAAAGUUAAGAUUAUUAUUUAUUAAAGUUAAGGUUAAGAUUAUUACUUUUUCAGAAGAAAAGUAAUCUUAACCCCUUUUCUCUCCAAAAACGCCUUCUAAUGACUUGGCUGUAGUGGAUGAAACUGUUAAAUUUGUCGAUGAUACUAGCCUUUGGGAAAUAAUAUCAAACAAUUCCCAGUUACCCGCUAACAUCAUCAGCUGCUCUGAAUGGUCAUCAGACAAUAAUAUGAAGUUAAACGUGUCAAAGACCAAAGAAUUGCGUGUCUGCUUUUCUAAGCUUACUCCAUCGUUUGUCCCUAUUACCAUUCGCGGUCAAGAGGUCGACGUCGUUUCCGAGGCCAAACUAUUGGGCGUUGUCCUUUCGGACGACCUCAAAUGGAACUGCCAUAUUGACUACAUUUGCAAGAAAGCCGCGAAGCGUUUGUACGGUCUGCGCCUUCGUAAAAGAAAUGCUUUACCUUCUCAUAUUCUGAUCUCAACCUAUUGUACACAUAUUCGACCAAUUGUCGAAUAUGCUUGUCAGGUGUGGCAUUAUGGCCUUCCUCAUUACCUGAGUGAUCAAGUUGAAAAAAUACAAAAAAGGGCAUUAAAAAUUAUUUUCCCUGGGACUAUCUAUGCUGAAUGUUUGCUUAAAGCUAACUUGAUGACUCUUUACGAACGUAGAACUGUCCAUUGCAAGCGACCCCUUUCGAAGAUGUUGGAACCCACUCAUAAACUGAAUGCCUUAGUACCGCCUAAAAGUCUUCAAACUUAUAAUCUGAGGUCUUAUCCCAACUUAUUAGUACCUAGGUGUAGACCUGAACGUUUUUCGAACAGUUUCAUUCCUGCUGCGUCUCGUGCUUAUAAUAAUAAGUAAACUUUAGAUUAUUAUCGUUAUUUUUAUCUAACUUACCUAUUUUUACCUGUAAAUAUAGAAUAGAUUGAAUACCUAUGUUCUUAUACCCUGUAAUUCCAAAGUAAUUCAGUUGUUACUGCUAGUUUGGAAAUUUAAAAUAAUAAUAAUAAUAAUAAUAAUAAGAGACAAAUGCGUCUGAUAAGAUAUAUUAUUAGGCUUCUGAUUUCACAUUGGUUUAUAGCGUUUCUUUCUUCCUGCGUUUCAGUAAGGCCCCGUCCACACGUAUCUAGAUUCGUUUGUAUCCGCAAAUAUUUUGUUACGGAUUCAAAACUUUACGCGUCCACACGUAUCCGGAUUCGUUGGGUUUUCGACCGUCCACACGUAUCCGCAAAAACGAUACUAAUACGCUAGAAUAUACUAAUACGCUAGAACAUGCGAUGAGCCGGCGAUGUAGUUAAUGCCGGAGAAAAGUUAGCAAAUGAAAGUCAUCGCAGGGAAAAGUAAGAGCCAGCCAUUUGUGUGGACAGACGUUGAAGUGGACCUUGUAUUAAGUGUUAUUCUGGAUUAUAAAGUCGCAAGGACGACAGGAAAUGUCGAUUGGGAAACCUGCCAGUCAAAGUAUUCUGACAUUUUGAAUCUGUUCACAGCACAGUGUCAGUACGUUGUAUACUUUAGAGUGGGUGGAUAUCAAAUUUCAUCGAUUUACGUCAUCGUUUUCAAAACGUUACUGUGCGUCCACACGUAUCCGGAUUCGUUGCGUUUUCAAAGGUUUCCACUCUGGAGAGCGUUUUCAAAAGUUUGCGGUUACAUUGUGCGUUUUCAUCGGAUACAUGUGGACGGAAGGCGUAUCCGCAACAAAAUGUUUGCGGAUUCAAACGAAUUUGGAUACAUGUGGACGGGGCCUGAAUUCAUUAAACUCCCCUCCGAAAAAAGCCGCCACUCACUUUAAUAGUCCAGUUUCCCUCAAACGCACUAAUAAUACACCCUUUAGAGCCUUGUAUCUUGUUACAGGUGACACAUGUACGAAAUCAAACAAUUAUAGUAGAUAAUAUAAAAGACGUUUAUAUAAUUAAGUCAUCGAUAACAAGAUAAAAGGCUCCAAAGCAGAUAUCGAAGACGAGGCUGUAUAGCCAAGACUAAGUACUUUCCUGAAGGGUGUAUUGUGAUAUAUUUUUCCAUUGUUAUUAUAUUCCACCUUUUUAGGCAUCUUGGGAGAAGAAGGUCCUUAAAAGCAUCAAUAGCAUGUGUACUGAGUUGUCUCUUUCAUUGGCAAGGAAGGUACAGUAACGUUAUCGUAAGGUAACAACGCCUUAGAGCGUAGAAGCCCAGGCUCUGCUUAUUGGCGAUGCGGGCAUAAGCAAAGCUUGGGAUUCCUGUUCUCUGUACCAAACCACGGUUAACGAAACUAAUCAGUACCAAACUAAUUCAGAGAUCAACGACAGAUCAAGCUGCAGUAUCAUCAAAGUUUAGUACACUUGGCUCCGAGUGUGAUAUGACAGGUAAACAGACAAAUUUGAGUAUUUUUACAAAACUCCAAAUUCAGUAUUCAUCACUGAAAUCAUGCUUCAAUAAGAAUGUAAAUGAGCAGUUCAUCACUAUGGUAUAGAGUUUUUAUUCUCUAUAUCUAGUGAAAUAUGUACUGUAUAAUUUUCCCUUUAAUUGAGGUACAAUGUGCCUCCAAUGUCCACCAACAUUGUUCACCACACCUGUUAACAGUAAAAAAUGCUAACUAUAUGGCAACAAAAAAAUUGGAGAUGAUUAUUCUAAACAACCAAAACUUGGGAUUUUCUUCUAGCACUAAAUAAAAUCAGGCCAGUGUAUUCCACAUUGGAUUUUAUGGAGGUAAGUACUGGGUGUAUGUACUUUCAUUUAUUUUUCUUGGUGAACAGUUUUAACAAAAGGAUGAAUCUCCAUAAUUUUGCAUUACACACUUGUACUGCGCACACCAACUCGUGCGAAAUUUAAGUUUAAUUAUGCAUUAUGUCCGUUCAAAUGUUCAAAUUGACAGUUCUAAAUUACUCUAAGCAUUUCUGGCUACAGCAGAGAAUUACUUAAAACUCUUUUCCAAGAAAGGAGAUACAAACAUAUAUAGCGAGAGUUCCCACGAGAGACGUUAAGCAAGAGACCAUUGAUUCGAAGGACGAAGGUGGGACAUUCGAAGAUAACUUUGAGCUAGUGAUUCGAAUUCUUUUUCACACCACAACUUUUAGAAUGUAAACUGCUGUAUGAAACCUUCUUUCUACUGCAGGCUGUUAUUAAUGUGAAGAAUCCAAACUAUUCUCCUCUAAGGAAGACUCCAAAGUAAGCAAUGUAAUUUUGCAUUCUGCACGUCCUGUGUGAUGCAGCACUGGUCGCUUACAGCACUUUUAAGUGCUGUAAAUAAUCUUAAAAGAAUAGAAUAAUAAAAGAAUAAUCUUAAAAGAAUUAUUCUUAAAAGAAUAAUCUUUAAAGAAUCUUAAAAGAUUCUUAUUUACUUUUACCCACUAUAGUAGUACUUUUGUUUGACCUUAAUCGGAAUUUUUGCAUGUCUUUUAUUACUGUAGUUCAAUUAGAGGAUGGGGACAAAUUAAAGUGCAACUUAAAGUGAAGACUGUUUCAGAACUGGUAAGCUUCUUGCUAAUGCAGUAAAAUAAUGGUCACAAUUUUAUAUGCAUGAAUGAAACAAGUAUGAAACAAAAAACAAGAAUAUAACAUGUCUUUUUAUUUCAUACAGUAUUUAACAUUUAAUGAGAUAUUCUCUUCACAGCGUUCGUUCUUCAAAGAAACGGAACAUUGUGGCAGUCAACACGGUUCGUUUGACGCUGAAGGAAACUCCAAAGGUUUUUAAUUUAACUGUAUAAAGUUGACCGGGUUGAUCGAGCUAUACAGAGUAUUAUACAGGUCGAUUGAUCUGGAUUUUGAGGUGAUGUGAAGAUACCCGAUGUGGAAGCAUCCUCACUUGUGUACAAUGCCAAGAUGCCAAGGACGGAUUUUUGGCAAAGUGGUACAAAACGCAACAGACCUUUUAAUUAAGCAUGUGGAGUGAGGAGGCUAGAGGUAGGGUGAGGUGGAGUGACGAUGCGCCAGGUGGAGUGGGGUGGAGUGAGGAUGCAAGAGGUGGAGUGAGGAUGCAAGAGGUAGAAUCAGGCAGAGAAAGGUAGAGUGAGGAUGCCUAAGGUAGAGUAAGGUGGAGUAGGGAUGCGUGAGGUGGAGUAAGAAUACGGUAAAACUAGGAGUUACUAUCGCAAGCAAAAUGCUGCCGAUAUGUACAUGCAGGAUGUACUACAACCAAAAAGUGUCUUUUUCACUGUAUGUAUGAUUUAAUGUCUUACACAUGUUCUACAUCAAUUACCUUCUACAAUUGUAUCCAGGGACGCCGGAACGAUGUGAAGGCAAGGGUGGCAGAUUUUCGUGAAAGGGCACUUUUGAAUUGAUAUAUACUAAGAGAUGUUUGCAAGACAUCGGGAGUUGAACUUCACCUAAUCAUGUUUUCUAUUUAUUGGAUGAUAGGGGUGUGAGGGGGUUCUCCGCCAGGCGAUUAUGCUAUUCAUGAAGCUCGAUGACUGCAAUUCUUGCGUUUUCUGAAGCAAAUUAGUAAAAGAAUUCCACUAACAUUUCUGACAAUUCGCUAUUUUGCCAAGGCAAUCCUUUAAAUUGAAAGGACACCUUUGCCCCCCUUGCCCCUCUGGUAAAGGGCAACGGGGGUGGCUGCCCUUCCUGCCCCCCAGUUCUGGCAUCCCUGAUUGUAUCUUACAUCUCAUCUUAUAAAAAGUGCACUAUAAAGUAUAAACUUGGUGAUCACAUGUGUGAGUUUGCCACUGAAUACAGAACAAUGUUUAUAUAAAAAUACUAUAAAGUCGGUUUUUGUUCCAAUUAUCGUUUUACAUGUAAUGCCACCUUCAUGGCUUCCCCUAUCACAGACCAACCGAACAAUCUGCCGAUGGGUAGACAAAAUGUAUUUGUUGACAUUUCUGUUUAAUAUGCUUCAGAUGACACCAUUCAUUGACAUGAUUAAGAUUGUACUCAGUCAGAACUGCAAAAAUAUAUAAUAAGAAAGAAAUUGUGAGCAUUAUCGUAGUGACACAGCCAUAUGUAGGCCACUAGAAUUAUUUCAUAUUAUGCUAACAAUGGACAUAUCUCAGAUCUUAUACAAAAGUCAGUUAAAAUGUUAGUAAUAUUACAUGUAAUUGCUGGUAAGUCAAUAUAUGUGCAGACAAUAAUCCACACUGGGUUGCUCUAGGAAUCUUUAAUAUUAAACCUGAUUUAGCAACAUUCCACAUUUGUUUAAAGCUAUAAACAUCUAGAAAUGGAACACUAUAAACUCAUUGCCUUUGCACAUAAUGGCAGAUCACUGAUAGUUGGUGCCUCAAUGGGCUCCACCACAAUGGGCAGAGCAGUCUGUAGGGUCGGCCAUAGGGUUUUGUGUAUAUAGGAUCUAAUGGUAUUUAAUUCGAGUAUACUGUAUAUUUACUUUAAAUGUUAUGACUAAUUUUGGGUAUUAGGUCUGGUAUACAGCUUCUGAUUGCUUUAGGUAUUAUGUAACAUUUUGACCAUAUAAUAGGUAUUUUGAUCCAUAUUUAUCAGCUAUUUAGGAUACCACGACCCCCCCCCCUGGCUGACCCCUAGUCUGAUAGUUGGUGCCUCAAUGGGCUCCAUCGCAAUGGGCAGAUCGCUGAUAGUUGGUGCCUCAAAGAGCUAGACCACAGGCAGAUCAAUGGUUUUUGCCUCAAUGGGCUCUAGAUACCACAAUGGACAGAUCUAUAGUUUUUGUCUCAAUGGGCUCUACCACAAUGGGCAGAUCUAUAGUUUUUGCCUCAACGGGCUCUACCACAUUGGCACAAUGGGCAGAUCUAUAGUUUUUGCCUUGAAUGGGCUCUACCACAAUGGGCAGAUCAAUGAUAUUUUUUGCCUCAAUGGACUCUACUACAAUGGAUAUAGAAUGCUAUUAUUUUGUCCUACCACCAUGGGCAGACUGUUUAUAGUAUCAUUAUUUUGUGUAUCAAAAGGAUUCACAGGUGUUGUAGUUGUUUUUGCAUGCACUACAUGUGGUAUAUUACUUGUGUCGAUCACAGAAUCACAUAUCUUGUAAGAAACAUGUUUGUAUACAACUUGAAACACUGACAAGUUUAGGUAAAUUAUCGACAGAUAAGAAUUCGACAGCAGGUUCUAAGACAACAAAGCCAUCAUUCAGAGCUUGCAAGUACAUUUUGUCUCCUUGUAAUAAGACAUUAUUUAUAAAUGUUGUUUUUGACCAAUCGAUCAGUGGUAUAUUUUGGGCAGUUUCUAAGACAACAAAGCCAUUAUCCAGAGCUUGCAAGUACAUUUUGUCUCCUUGUAAUAAGACGAUUAAAUGUUGUUUUUGACCAAUCGAUCAGUAGUAUAUUUUGGGCAGUUAAAAGUGCUGUUAAACUCAUAAAAGCACAUUGUUUGCCUCUAGAUUGAACACUAAAAAUGUCAUUGCCUGAUGUAUAUAAGAAGAAAAAAAUAGAGCCGAACUUACCUGAAUGUUUCCGAAUAUUUUUUAUCUCUUGCUGUCUUGUGAUCCGUAUUUAAUUAAAAGCUUGAAAAUCUUCAUGUUUUGACCGCUCCCCUCAUUUAACAAACGUUCCUGAAGCUUAAUUAUUCCCCCCGGAUUACGACAAACAUCUUUACAGACAGACAGACAGACAGACACAAGAUCUCGAUCUCGACAAUACAUAACUCGCGCGAAAGACUGGGUCGAGUGGACUCUGGAGAAACCACCGCGUGUCAAGAAUAGUGUGCUGCCUCGCUACGCUCGGCAGCAAUGAGGAUGUUUGAUGUGCAUGGAGUGAGGAUGCGUGAGGUGAGUGGUGGCAUGAGAUUGUGUCAGGUGGUGUGACAACACUCAAGCAGAGUGAGAUUGCGUGAGGUACAGUGAGGAUACGUGGUUGAGGUGAGGAUACGUGAAAUGGACGUGUAAGGUGGAGUGGGGUUGCUUGAGAUAGAGUGGGGGUGGGAAAAUGGUGUGUAAUGAGAUGAAAUCAGAAUGAGUAAUGUGGAUUAAGGUAGAGUGGGUUCAAGUUUGGAUUCCUGAGGUGGAGUGGUAUCCUCGGAGGUGGAAUAUGGUCGAGUGAAAAUGCCUUAGGCCUAUUGUCAGGCAGAUAGGAGGGAAUAAAACUCACCCGGUCAGGGGACGAAAGAUCAGCUAAUCGUAAACUCUGCUGAAAUCUCAGCAAGCUGCUUGCUUGAUCCCAAGUAUGGCGAGCACAAUACAAGUUCGCAGGGAAUGGAACAGGAUUCUUGGUGAUAAAAUUAUAACACGUCCUUAGUGUAUAAUGUUAAGGUUUCUACAAAGUAGGCAUUUUAUAUUUGUCAACGUCUUUAUGAUUUGUUUCAGGCUAUUUAAACUGUUUGUUCAUGCAAUUGAGUUUAUUGGUCGGUCGUUGGUUGGGUGAGCAGCCUGACAUUUUGCAGUCAUAUAUGACUUGAUAACAUGUGUGUUAUUAUUUAUAGACAUGAACGAAAACGAGUGGUACAAACUAGGAAAAAGGGGUAAGCAUCUCUUAGUACAUAUUCAUUUAUUUUUUACCAUCGCAACACUCAAUUGAAACCCAGGCUCGGCCUUGAGGUCCAUCCAAGGUUAUUGGACAUUUCCUAUGUCGUGAUAAUUUAAUAAUUAGAUGUAGUCUACAAAGUUAAUUUUUUCGUUGGUGAUGAUGAUGUUCUGAAUCGUUACUAACGGCGGCAAAAACGUUAAUAAAUUUUAAACUAAUUUCUGAUGCUUUAGCUACCUGCAUACAUAAAUACAAUGAUUAUUUUAAUAUAUUGGUUAAGCUAUGGAAAAUACAAUUCACACAUGACGAUAAACCGACCUUUUCUUGCAUAAAAGAAGACAACAACAUAGAUAACGAGGUCUAUUAUGUCUGCAUCGAGUUUCCUAACCUUCUUGACUAUGAUGCAACGCAUGAUUAUAUGCGAAUGAUUACUGAUAAAAAUUCAGUUUUAAAUUCGGUUAUGCAAACACAGAAUUCCAUUUUGUCUAUGCUUUUUGAAAUGCACAGAGCACAAUUAAUGUGCUAGUCUGGAUUCGAAAUAUAAACUGAAAGGCUAUAUAUGUAUACGUUUUACAGUAAUUGAAAAGGGGAGUUGUCCAGCAGCACAACAGUAUGCCAAGUCAGGAUGUCCGACUGGACUCAGACGACAUAUUUGGACGUUAAUACUAGAUGUAGGGGACAAUGAACAGGUGCGACGAUUAACGUGAUUUAUUUUAUGAUGUAUAUAGGGCGUUGACUUAAACUGACUUUCAAAUUUAAAGUGUUGCACAUAGUAUAAGCCACAUUAUUAUAUGGCAAGCAUCACUUCCGGUGAAAUGGCGGACUGUGAUUGGCUGAGAAGCACUUUCAACGGUCCAUUAUUUUCCCGUAAUGGACCGACGGUCCAUUACGUAAAAACAAACGCAUAUAAAUGCCAUAUAAUAAACUUUUUAUUAACCUCGCUUGCUCGGUAUGUUCAGAGGAAUAUCGGAUCUGAGCAAUCGUUUUGUACAAACCUCGUCGUACGGGUUCGGUCUGUACAAAAAAGACCUCGGUCCGAUAUUUUACUGUACAGACCUCGCGUUCGGUUAAUAAGAAGUUAAUAAUCUGUAAAAUCCUGCAUUAGCCCUAUUUUCCAGCAUAUCUUUGAUGAAACAAAAUAACAAUUGUGAAUAUUUAUCUACAUUAUUGGCAAGGACAAUAUCAUUUUCUUCAAUUUCAUGAAUCGCUUAUUUAUAGACUUGUACAUAGUUGCCUGUUUGAAAAGGAACAUUUGAUUUUUGAGGUUAGGUUACGUGAUUGCUUUAGCCCUAGGACUACACAUGGUAACCUUUACACUCAUCAGGGGUGAGUUGUACAAAGAUUUAGGUGAUAGUGCUAUCUAACGGACAUAGUGAUUUUUCCAACCUUUGUAAAAAUUCCUGAAAAGCUGUGAAAAUACGGAUCCCACAAUAUAUAACAAACUUUCAUUUAUAAAUACUAAACUAUAAUCUGCAUAGGGCUUACCUAUUAGCGGCAAAUUCUAGAAAAUUGAUCAUAAAAUCACUAUUCGGUGGAUAGGGCUAUAUAUAUACCGGCCCCGGGCAGUAUAACACUAAAUGUGAUCGGAACUGAAUAAUAUUAACGUCUAUGAUGUUUCGUAUAUAUUUCUUUGUAGAACAAGGUGUAUUUUGAACAGCUUAAGUCAUACGUUUACGAAUAUGACUUAUUGGUAGACACUCUAAUUAAGAAGGUACCAGUUACAUCUUUUUGUACUGCCAUUUAUUAUAUAUUAAACAGCAGCUGCAUGAAGAAUGUAUAUUGUAGAUAAACGAAAACAUGCAGUCUGUAUAUAAUGUAUCAGGCAAUUCCAGCAGUGUCCAUCCCCCCGGGUAUUAGCCAUUUCUGGAAAGAGAAUGGCUAUGUCCCCACCCCAGGGAAAGAAGAACUGUGCUAAAUCCCCACCCCUGGGCAAAACAAUUGGGUAUAUAUCCCCACACCCGGGCAAUAAUAUUGACUGUUUAGUGCACGUUGAUUUGCACGUUAUAAUUCUAUGGACAAUAUAAAAGCGAAGUAGAAAAUAGAAGUUCUACAACAAGAAUAAAAAUGCUUUUAUAUUAAUGCAACAGUAUAAAUUCUCAACCCUAACUUCAGCGCAUCCAGCUAGAUCUAUGAUAAUUAUGUCAACCUUUGAAAAUAUUAUCUUUACUUAAGCUAGCUUUCGUAUGUCGCUGAUAGUCGGAGAUGCACUGAUAGAUCAUUGUUAGUGAUCAUUGUUCAUUCAAGGAGAAAACUAUUUCAUAUACUGUAGACAAAGGAUUUUACUCAUCAUGUAAUGAUCAAAAACAAUGGUACUGAAAGGCCAAGGUGUUUCCACAAACAAAAAGUAUAAUAUGUUUUAUCGCCAUGCAAACCUACAAAGAAAUCUGCCAUGUUAUAGUCCGCCAUGAUGGAAAACGUCGAAGUCCCCACCUCCGGACCAAAAAAUUUCGGGCACUGCUGGAAUUGACUGAUACAUAAGUACUUAGGCUGUUGUAUGGGGUUGUCAAUAUGAUAAAUAUCGGUUUUUAAAUUGUUAAUUAUUCGAUAUUUGGUUUUUCGAUAUAUCGAUAUACCGAAAAUAUUGAAAGGUGUUUGGUAUUUUCGGUAUUGAGCUUUAUUUUUCGACGUUUUUAUUUGAUCUCAGUAUAUAAGCUGUAUUCUAUUUUAUUUUUUUUUGGUAUUGAGUUUUAUUUUUCGACGUUUUUAUUUGAUCUCAGUAUAUAAGUAUUCUAGCUGUGAUGCGUGAAAAGCUUGACACUUCCGUGUAGUCGGUAUAGUUGGUUCGUCGGAAGAUGUUUCGCCUAUAUCAGUUAAUAACCUAUAUAUUCGGAAAUAGGAACCGCUAUUUUUUGUGUAUAGCUUGGCGGAAAUCAUAUUUAUAACAUUUAGUGACUUUCAAGAGUAGAAAAAAUAACGAUAUUAAAUUAUCGGUAAUUGAUAAUCGGGGUUUUUCCCCAUAAACUUUCAAAAAUAAUUUUGCUUUAAGGAUGUCAAGUCAACUGCUACAAAUGAUGAUCAAUAUUUCGUUUUUGAAGACUUACUCUAUCAAGUAAGUGUGUUUUAACAUUCAUGCAACUGAGGACUGAAAGGCUAUCCGGUAAACGUUCUAAUUAUUAUUUCUAUUUCUGUAUAAUUUGCAAGUAUUUUCUUUUUAUAGGUUUUAUUGGCAUUUACUCGUGAUACGAAAGUAUUGAAACACUUUGAUCAGAUGUCAUCGUCGCCACCUAAAUCUUACAUAAGAGGUAUAAGAAUACAUAAUAUUUUCAAAUCACUAUAUUUAUAGUUCUCAGAAAGGCCAUCGCAUAGAACGUUCUAUAGAACGCCGCUCGAAGUUUCCGUCUACAAAAAGAGAUGCUCAAAAAUCUCGAUAUUUUAACCAUACCUGGCAUCCCCCACUAUACAAUUGUGGUUAGAUCUUGACAACUGGACUCUGUAGCUCAGUUUGUUGGGCGCUGCACGGAAUCGCAAGGGCUGCAGGUUCGAUUCCUGCCAGAGGACCUAUAGUUGCAUUUUCGCUGCUGCUCCUGGUUAGGUCUAAGAUCGUAUAUAAUCUUCCGCUCGAAGUUUCCAUCUACAAAAACCCCGCAAUCUAAAAUAGUCAAAAUUUUACAAACCUAAAGUUCAAUACAAAAAAGUUACUGCAGCAUCUGUUCGCCAAUAUCAAUUAUUCAAUUCCUAUCGCACUGAAACGUCAAUCAUACUAAAUGUUCAAAUUAACCCUAAAUUAUAACUUAUAAGAAGCACCCUUUACCUUUAUCUAUUCCGAAAUUUGUUUCACUUUUUCCUCGAAAUUGAAGCAUACGGUAUACUGUAUGUAUAUAAUAUUAAUAUAUAGCAGUAGGAGUGUCAGAUGUUGGAAUCUGCAGUAACCAUGCUGCAAACCCCUGGGUCAGAAGGUCGUACACACUCGCGCGCACUGGUACAGUGGAAAAUAUUGUUCGUACAGUACCUUUUUGCAAUUUUUACACUCGCGGAGGUCAGAUUUGCAUGAUUUUCUCCUAGUGAAUCCAAGACAGAUUCAAUAGAGGUAUCAUAUUUUAAGACGCCGAUUUCAGCAAUGGAUCCGUCACAAGUAUCAUACCACUAAUUACUAUAUUGCCAAAAUUGACUUUAUGAGGCCUAAUUGCUCAAGUUAUUUUUGGCUAUCUGCAAAAAAGUAAACAUAUAGACAUGUAUAGCAACCAUUGCUUGGGUAUUAUGACAUUACUUUAAAGGUCUAGUUUGUUUUAUUCCAAACGGUAGUUCAACUGAUCUCACUUCUCACUAGGAAAACUGGGAGUUCAUGAAUAUGCAGUGUUUUAUCCACCUAAUGGUAGGUUUGCAUGCAUAAUGAUUUAAAUCUACGUAUAUUGGUUUUCAUCUAGGGUGUGGAGUGAGGUGAUUAAUCGAAAACGAUGUCUUUUAAAAAUCAUUUAACUAAUGUUGCAUGCAAUUGCACAAAAACCGAAAAAAGUUUAUGCAGCUAAUCCAUAUUUCGAUAAAAUCAAACCAUACAUGUAACGCGGUCUUUAAUCUUUUAUUGGUUCGGCUUUGCGUUGCAGUUUCACAAAGAAAUAAUAUAUGUGCAACAGUGUUUUAAGUUUCGAAGAAGUUCAGUUCGAACUGAACGAUAAAGUGGAUUUAAAAACGAAAGUGAUUUUUGAGUAGCCGUCGUGCAGCAUGUGUUCUAGUAUAUAUAGCAUCAAACGUGUUUUAGAAAACCGAUUCAUUCGACUUUUUCCGACCAGUUUUCAGUUUUUUUAUAAGAACUGCCUCAUCCUAUUUUUAACGUCAAUUACUCUUUCUGUGUUCUAAUACAGAUUUCUGAAUUUAUUUACAGGUAUUAUUCCAUUCCAUGGCUUUUCUAUGUAUGGUAAAGAAAAAUCCGUGUUUUCAUGAUGAAUUGGAAGGAAAUUUAGAAUGAAACUCCACAUACUUAUUAAUUUAUUUAAUUACUAUCUUGACCUAUAUAGCUGCUCCGUUAUGUUACAUGUAUGAGAAUCCAUCUCGUCUCUAUCACGUUUUUAGAGAGCUAUACACCAGGUAAAUUGUGAAUUUUCUUCAUAAAAUAAAGGUUAAAAUUAAUGUGAAAUGGGAGUUUCUGCACAUUUAAUUUAAGCAAUCAGUUUUAAACAAUAAAGGAACUAUUCGACAUAUUCCUCGUGUUUAACUUGAAUCUAUUUGUACUGAAAUCCAUUUGUGAUAUUCUUUCAUAUAAACAUCUUUAUAUCUUUGUUUGUUUAUAGAUAUUUCUCCCGCCUUCACUGUAUUUCAUCACAUCCACAGGUACAUGCAUGUAGUCCUACUGAUAUACGUGCAUGCUUAUAUAGUACCAUGCCAGGGAAUUCGAUUUGACUUAAAUCUGGGACGAAUUACUUAAUAUACAAGAAAACAUUUCUGUGUUAUUUUUUUAAAUUUUUAAUCAACAUUCAAUUUAAAAGGUUAAAUUGAAUCCUGAUUAAAAAUUAAAGAAUAUUGUUUUAGAAUGAGAGGUGAAAGUUUUAGAACAACUAUUUUCUCAUGUGUUUCUACUGUAUAGCCUUGUGCGCAGGUAUUUCAAUACAGGAACCCCUCCCUAUAGUGAAAUGUCUGCGGAGACUGCAAUAGGUUCUAUAUUCAGUUAACCAGAAAUGCCAUGCAUGCAGAAACCCCUCCUCGCCUUGCUAAUGAAACAACUAUAUAUUUUCCAAACAUGAAGUAUUUAAGAUAAUUGUCAUGGUAACACGAUCAUUUUUUCUUUUCUUUUUUCCUUCAGCAUGAAUAAAGCUUGUAUACGUAUACCUAUAGUACUGUUGAUAGAAUAUUCUCUUUCUCUUAGGGAAUAGUGUCACUGUGUCUGCUGUUUGAGACACUACUACAGUCCCAGGAACCUGGCCUGUUUUACCAUCUACGACGUAUUGGGAUGCAUCCGUAAGUUAAUUACAUGUCGAUAAGUUAACGAAU